AAGACUGAGGCAAGGCAAAGCAAGGCAAGGCAAGGCAAGGCAAGGCAAGGCAAGAGGAUGCGCCCUGGCCAGGCCAUUGCCUCUGGCUUUCUUGGAAGAGGGGCUCUGGUGGAGCAGAAUGCAAGAAGUCAACAAGAUUGAAACUUUGAAACAAAAAUGGGUUUGCACAACAAGAAAUGCUAGUCAAAUUCAGAAUGGCACAGACCAGAAAAGCUGUGAUAUUUUUGUGGAUAACCUUUUUGAGGAAGCUCAGAAAGUCAGGGCUGUAUGCACACAGCAGGCCAAAGUUAAAAGCCAAGUUGAUACGACAAUUAAAUUAUGGAAAAAUGGAUUCACGGUGAAUGAUGGUGAACUCCGAAGCUAUACAGAUGUUGCAAAUCAGCGCUUCUUGGACUCAGUCAAAAAGGGGGAGUUGCCUCCUGAGUUACAGAAGAUAUGUGAGAAAGAGGAAGUAGAUGUGAAGGUGGAUGAUAAAAAGGAUGAGUUGUAUACCGUGAAGAAGCCAGUAUUUCAUCCUUUCUCUGGACAAGGAUACAGACUAGGAAGUGCCACACCACGAGUAAUUUAUAAAGUAAAAAGAGAUGUUGAAGAAACUGAAAAGAAAAAACCAACAGUGGUGUUAAAUUACUCAGAACCCAUCACUAGUAUCCAGAUCUGGUUAGCAGAUGGAACCAGGAUAGUACAGAAGUUUAAUAUUUCUCAUAGAAUAAGCCAUGUAAGAGACUUCAUAACGACUUACCAAGGUCAUCAAGGAAGGAGUCCCUUCAUCUUGACCACAUCGCUUCCAUUUCGGGAGCUGCUGAAUGAAUCCCUCACCCUAGAGGAAGCUGACUUAAAAAAUGCUGUUGUUGUUCAGAGACUUAAAACAAUGGCAGAGCCUUUCAGGGGUCUGUCUUAACAGCCUCCGUCAAGAUGGCCUAAAAUAAAUCAUUACAAAGCUGCUACAAGGAAAUCUUGGAGAAGAGGCAGACCAUACCCCAGUGGCUUUCUCUUAGCUGAGUGACUCCAUACCAAAAAGAAACGAAUAGCAAUAUCUGUUGUCUGUAGUAUGCAGUCUACAGCAUUGCUCUGAAAGAGCAUAUGGCAUGUGCUGUACUAAAUCUACUCCAUUGUGUUCUCUUAGCUCUUUUUAUCAAAUUAAUGGCCUGGAUGUAGAAUGUAGUAAGCAGUAUUUCACCAGGCCAGAUAUUUUAAGCUGCCAACUAGAUAGCUGUGCUAGUCUAGUAAAGAGACUUGUAGUGAGAGUCUUCAGCUUUUACUUGCACCUUGAAUUAUUGCUGGACAAAUGUUGCACUUUACUUUGAAAAGUACUAUUACCUGUACUUGAUUUAAUUAUUGCUUCUUUUUUUACUAUUGCCCAUUGUGCUUUAGAGUCCUUGCAAUGCUUCAUUACAAAAUUGUCAUAGGUUGAUACAGUUCAAUCUAAAAUUCAGUUUCUUAGAAAAAUCUAUACCUGAGAUAAGUUUUUAAAUUUUGUAGUGGCUUCUGCCUUCCUUGGAAGCCUUUCUGCCAAUGCAUGUAUUAGACUGCAAUCCUAUACAUACUUACGUGGAAGGAAGUCCCACUGAAUUCAGUGGGGUCAACUUCUGAUUUGAGAUGGCUUGUACUGUUUGUCUCUUUUUUGUGUCAUAAGAAAGAGAUCCAUACAUUAUCCAAACCUCAGUAGAUUUCAGUAUGUGUGAGUAUGCUUAGGACUGUAGUGUUAGCUUAUGGCACUGGAGAAAACAGUGAUUCUACACAAUGUCAGAAAGGCUGAGUCAGUUCAAAAGCUGGAUUGCAGCUUGCCAUGUGUAGGAAAUCUUUGACAAGGGACAAUUUCAAACAGUGAAUCACAUGGAUUACGACAUGUUGCAGUCUUAGUGGGAAGACUGUGCCAUGUUAGAAGUGCAUGUUUGAAUUGGUUUACUGAAUAAUAGGAACAUGGUUUUGAAGAGCAAACCAACUAACUUCAUAAAGCUUGCCUAAAAUAAUUAGAUUUAUUGGAUACUUGCAUGUCUGACCAUGUUAUGAGGGUGGGAGGUUGAAUAAGAGUGUUGCUUACUGCGUUCCCUACUCUGGGUUAUGAUUAUUCCCUUUAUUUAUUGCAUUUUUAAAAGAUGUAUUUAAUUUCAUUUCAAGAUGCUAUACAAACAUUAAGAAAACAGUAAUCUUUCCUCACAGGCUUGUAAUUUAAUAUAUAUGACAAAGAGGAAAGGAGAGGGGGGGGGGGAAGAAAGAAAAAACAAGUAAAUGCAGGCACAUCACUUUCAUAGUUACAUAAAUGCUUAGUGACUGAGAUACUGUAUUGUUUAUUUUAUUGUAUUUGGUUUUGGUACUGUAGAAUUAUAGCAACUACUUUGUCAUGGCUACAUCCUGUGGAAUCAUGGGGGUUGUAGUUUUGUGUGAAAUGUUGAAUUUUUGCCAGAAUGUGCAGUGCCUCACAAAACAACAAAUCCCAAGAUUCUUUAGUGUACAGUCAUGGCAGUUAAAGUGGUAUCAAAGUAUGUACAAUGAUAGUGUAGUGUAAAAGAGACCUUGGGCAGAAUGGCUACUGAAGCGGGGGAAAUCAAAUGGCAGUUGGUUCCAUCUUAACCAGUGGAGUUGGCCUUGUCAUCCUCUUUCUGUGGAUGCAGUCAGACCUAUACAUCCCAGAAUUGUUUGUCUGAAUUAAAAAAAGGGAUACUUAAAUGUAUUUUCAAGUUAGCGCCUGGUGGUGCUGGGUUUUUUUGUUGGUUUGUUUACAUUUUUUGUCAGAGGGGUAAUGUUGGUAAUUCUCUGUAUUUUUUCCAUAGUACUAUGGUGGCACUGUGUUGACAAUUGGAAAAGUUCUUCCUCUUACACUGCAUGUGCAGAGAAGAAAUAAUCCAGUUUGACACCAGUUUAACUGUCAUGGCUCAAAGCUGUGGAAUUCUGGGAACUGUAAUUUGUUGUGGAACCAGAGCUGACAGGUUAAAUAUCUCACAAAACUACAAUUCCCAGAAUUCCAUAGCAUUGAGCCCUGACAAUUAAACUGGUGUCAACCUGGAUUAUUUCUGCAGUGCAGAUGCAGCCUUAGUAAUCAAACAGUAACCUGUAGAUACUAACAAUGGGAGCAGCUUUCCAGGGCUCCAACAUGGAUUGUACUUAGAUAGAAUAUAGUAAAAUAUUGACAGAUGCAAUAUCAACCCAUUUUUUCUUUUAGAUUUUUCCUCCAGUGUGAUCUUCUUUCUCACUCUCCACCAUGUUUGCUACAGGAAAACCACUAAAAGAAUACCAUUGUGUUUAUUACCUUAUUCUAGUUAGUUGAACAGUAGUCAGAAGCAAGUUGGAAUCUCUCUCCCAGGAUCAAAGCUUUGAAAAAUGGUCACACCGACUGGUAGAUUAUGGGAGUCCUAGUUGAAAAAGUGACUUUUUCAACUCUUCUCAGGAUUCAGUAUUUUCCAGUACAGUAUACCAUUAGUCAAGACUGUCCCACUUAACAUAGGAUCUUAUCACAUGAAGGCACUUACGUGGCUAAAACAUUGCUGAACUGUUGCAGAAGCACAAAGGUAGGAUCGUCCGUCAUGCUUCUAAAACAUAAUAGAGGCUUCCCGUUUUCCUUCUGUUUACGAAGUGUGCGCAGAGAAGCCAGGAGAAGCCAUUUUUUGAAUAACGGGAUCUUCUGCUAUUAAAAAAAUGGCUUCUCUGCAAACACUUCAUAGACGGAAGGAAAGCAAGAAGCCUCAAUUACAUUUUAGAAGCACAACGGACAGUUCCAUAUUUGCGCUUCUGCAACAAAUUCAGCAACGUUUUACCCACGUAAGUGCCUCUGUGUGAUAAUCCUCAUAGCCCUGGAGCAUGGAAAGCUUGGCUGUAUAAGUGAAUUACCAUUGCUAGUGGGAUAGUCUACUUUCUAAAUUGUUUGCAAGAAGGAUUGCUUUUUUUUUUUUGAUUGAUACAUAUAGAAGAUACUGGAAUGGCAUAUUUACCAAGGAGUCAAAGCCUUGUGUUCCUUUAUUCACCAUACUUUUUGUGUUUCAAAUCCUGUUAACAUUUUGCUUGUGUUCUAGUACAGUCUGUACUGUUAUGUUAGUAAUCUGAUGGCAGUGGGAGCUGUCUUAUAGUUGAGGGGCUUAUCUGAAUCCUGGGUGUAGUUAAAGACCCCUUUCCCUUAUCUGCAGAUAAUCUCUAGUGAAUAAGAGAAGGGCCUGUUAACAGUAGUCAAAGCUGCCUUGCAGCGCUUUCAGUGAAAAUGAAAGUAUGCAGAGAGGCCCAAAUUCACUUAUUAAUUGCUAAAAUGAAUCUGAAGACUACAGUCUUUGCAGUUUAGCUAUACCAUAAACAGCUACGAUAAGACUCCCACAUUUUUUAAAGUUAAUAUAGUCAAUGGCUACUGAAUAUCUCUGGCUAAAAAUGAAGUGGUAAUAUAUGCCAGUUCCUGGGACUGUGGAACUUUAUCUACUGCUCCAUGCAGAAGUUUCUGGUGUGAUGCUAAAUCUAACUGUAGGGAAGCAGAUUUACUGCAGUUAACACAUCUGAAUAGCAGUGGAAUCCCUAGUGUGAUGCCUAUGGAUAUGGCCUUUGAAAGAAUCCAGCUUUUCACAUUUGUAUGUAAGCAUGAAUAUGAUCAGGUUUUACUUAUGUUCGGGAUAGGCAAAAUGUGGUCUUAACCCUGGUUUUGUAGCCCUUUAUUUCACCAAGUUCUUCAGACCACCCUUUUCUUACAUCCCCCACCCCCUGAAAAGGGUAAAUUGCCUUUCCUGGAAGUUUCCAAGAGUAGCAAUACACCUUUUGUUUAGGUUAUAGGACAUCCCUGUUCUGUCUAGCAUUUUAAAAAUACAGGUUGAGUAUCCUUUAUCUGAAAUGCUUAUGACCAGAAGUGUUUGGGAUUUGAGAAUAUUUUGGAUUUUGGAAUUCCUGUAUUUCCAUAUACCUACACAGUGAGAUAGCUUGGAGAUGGGAUCCAAGUCUAAACACAAAAUUCAUUUAUGUUUCAUAUACAUUGUAUGCACUACACAUAGCUUGAAAGUAAUUUUAUACACAGUACUUCAAAUAAUUUUGUGUGUGUACAUUCCAACCGUUGAAAGAAAAAGUGUCAUUAUGUAAGCCACUCAUGAAAAAGUUUUGAUUGUUGGAGUAUUUCAAAUUUCAGAAUUCUGGAUAAUUCUGGAUAAAGAAGACUCAGUCUAUACUAGUUUUUCCAAAACUAGAAGACAUGAUUACUUGUGUAUGUCCUCCUCCUCCAAUCUCAUUUUUGACAAUCUGGGAAUCCUAGAAGGUUCUGGGACAGUAAGAAGGUUCCUGGGUCUCCCGUAUUCCCCACCCUUGACUUAGGUGGAUUGAUGGAAAGUCCCUGUUGGUGUGUUCCCACAAUGAAUGAGAUAUAGACACAUCACAAAACUCACGAAUCUCCUGAAUUCAUGCCAAAGUAUUUUAAUUUGUGGGAAUCAGCCUUUCUUUUGAACACAGUGAAAUAUGCAUGAAGCCACUAGCAUGUGUAUUAAUGUAUAGACAGAGAGAUGCACAUUCAUAUGCCCAUCCUCCCCCCCCACACACACACAUUCUUUCUCUGUAUUUACAUAUUCUCACGCACGGAGACAUAAUCAUAUUGCACAUUGGCUAUCAUGAACCAUCAUUUGUACUGAAUUUUAAAACUGUAUUUUAUAGCAAGCCUAGUAUUCCUUGCCUAAGAAAACCCUAUGAAAUUCAUGGGGUCGCCAUAGGUCUACAGGCAACUUGAAGGUACACGCACACACAAAAAGAACAAUAUGUAGAACUGGUUGGCUAGGCAGAAGAAUAUGUAGAAUUAUCCAGUUUAGAAAUUGUGUCAGCGGUGUUAAAACCUUGCUGUUUUUCUCCAUUGUGGGCUCUGAACUGUCUUGUAUGUAUUUCUCAAAGCAUGCCUUGUUUAUUAGAGAUGUACAUAAAUGAAGUGCCUGCUAAUUUGCUAGUUUUUCACUUUGGAAGAGUGUCUUUUUAAGUAUCAAGAUGGGAUUGUUUUUUUCUAAGAAGUCUUGUAUUGAUAAAUAUAUGAAUUAAUGUACAA